UUCUUCAGCAGCUACUCUGCACUCGGGAAAGUCCCUGACAGCCAGCAGGGAGCUUUCCUCACAGAGAAAAACCGAGAGAUAAAUGAAGAAUUUGAAGAACUUUUCGCUGCCUCUUGCAGAUUUAAAAUCCUGUAAGGGUUGUUUUUAGCUUUUAAAAUAACCGAGUGCUAGCUCAUUUUGCAUGCUAGCUCCUCUUUGUGUGGCUAGUAGCUAGCUGAGGGAUGUGUUGUCGUUGUUGUUGUUGUCUGGGAGAGGAGACCCGUCAGCUGUGCAUGGAGAACCGCCUUCUAAUCUGCUGCUGACAUUAUCUGGGAGAAGUACCCGCUGUGUAACCCUGGUAAACACCGAGAGAGAGGAGAGUUUUUGUUGGAAGGAGAUGGGAAACUGUCUGAAAUCUCCCACCUCGGAUGAUAUUUCUCUGCUCCAUGAAUCCAGCUACGGAGACCCCGACCAGGAGCCACCGCCCCCCUAUGAGGAGCAGAUCCAUGUGCCGGUCUAUCACCCGACGCCCAGCCGGGCCCGACUGGCCACUCAGCUGACGGAGGAGGAGCAGAUCCGCAUCGCUCAGAGAAUCGGUCUCAUCCAGCACCUCCCGAAGGGGGUGUACGACCCGGGGAGGGACGGCUCUGAGAAGAAGAUCAGAGAGUGUGUGAUCUGUAUGAUGGACUUCGAGUACGGAGACCCCAUCCGGUUCCUACCCUGCAUGCACAUCUACCACAUGGACUGUAUAGACGACUGGCUGAUGAGGUCCUUCACCUGCCCCUCCUGCAUGGAGCCUGUGGACGCCGCGCUGCUCUCCUCCUAUGAGACCAACUGACACACACACACACACACACACACACACACACACACACACACACACACACACACACACACACACACACACACACACACACACACACACACACACACACACAUCUAUAUUCCCACAGGCACACCACAAGGUUUUCACACAUACACUAUGCACACAGUUUACAUCUUGCAAACCUGUAUCCUGGAUUAUUUAGGUGCUGAUAUAAAAAGUGACAUUGUAAAAAGUUUCCGCUGAACUGUGCGAGUGUGUGUUUGUGUGUGUGCCGCACAAGUCCCCCAGUUGACCUGCUGGACAGGAUCGAAGGUGUUUUUUGUGUUAAGAACAAUGAGGAAGCAACGUGAAGGUGAAAACCCGGAAGUGAAAAUAUGGGUUUCCCAGUGUAAAAGGAAGUAAAGAAGCAUGGAUCAUGAUUUUCUGAUAUUAUUUGAGUAAGGAUUACUUUUAUAUGCCGGAAACAAACACGUUGACCAGUCACACACUUCCUUUAUUAACUUUUCAUCAUGGAUGUUACCAGAAAAAAGGAAGAAGGACAUCCGUGUUUGUUUUACUGCUAAAGCGUGAGUAAUGAUUAAUGACACACCUUCAAGAUCUGCUCGACGUGUCUGAAAACUGACACCACUUGAUGCAAAAACUCCUACAGAUGUUGGAUUAACAGAAAAGACUGCAAGAGCUGGACUUCAGACUAAAGACUGCAACAUAAUAUAUAACCAGCAGACACACCACAGGCCUCCUUGGUAUUGCUGUUUGCCUGCACACAUCUAUUAAAAACACGAUAUUGGUGGUGGAUUGAUA